ACUUGUGAUACGUUUUAAUUAUGGUUUUAUCAUCUGUAUAAAAACUUCAGACCAGAUAGGUUAAAGUUAAUAAUUUAUAAGAAAAAAAAAACAUGGAACAAGUAAUAAAUAAAUUAAAAGAUCCAGUAUUAGUGUCGAAAUUCCAAGAAUAUUUUGGUGUUAAAAAGUUAGAAAAUGUAGACAAAAAUUCCAAGAAAUUCAUUGUACAAAAUAAAUUUUGGUAUUACUUAUUUGUACUGGGCACAGCUUUGGGGGAUGAAGUAUUCUAUGCAACUUUUAUACCAUCCUGGUUUUGGAAUGUCGAUGGAGCUGUUGGACGUCGAGUUAUUUUAGUAUGGGCCAUUGUUAUGUACAUAGGACAAGGCUUAAAAGAUAUAAUUAAAUGGCCAAGACCAGGACCUCCUGUCAUACAACUUCAGGAUAAGUGGUCACUAGAGUAUGGUAUGCCUUCAACACAUGCUAUGGUCAGCAUUUCUAUACCUUUUUCCGUGUUACUUUAUACAAUGGAUAGAUACGAAUAUCCAGUUAUGGUUGGUUUGUUUAUUGCUAUUUUCUGGAGUUCUGUUGUUUGUUUGAGUCGAUUGUAUUUAGGAAUGCAUUCAAUUCUUGAUAUCAUUGUUGGAAUUUUAUUAGCAUUAGCACUUAUGAUACCUUUAGUGCCACUGGUUGAUCAAUUGGAUCAUUCGUUGUUAACGGAUCAAAAAUCACCUAUAAUUUUAUUAACGGUGUCGAUUUUAAUGAUUGUUUAUUAUCCUAGUGGGGAUAAAUGGACACCAACUAGGGGUGAUACAACAAUGAUGGUCGGAGUAUGUGUCGGUGCUCAAAUUGGAGCAUGGAUGAAUUAUCAAUUAGGACAAAUGUCGCAUCCAGAACUAACACCGCCUUACACAAUAAUGUGGCCUUCAUAUUCUAAAUUAGGUCAAGCAGUUUUUCGCACAGCUUUAGGUUUCGUAACAAUUGCUCUUACAAAAAUUAUCACAAAAUGGUUAACAUAUUCAACAUUAUGUACAGUUUUACGAGUGAAUGCUGAUAAUUUAAAAAAAUCAGCAAAUACACUUGAGAAUAAACAUAAAACAUUUGUCGAUCUAAGUUAUAAAUACUUAGCAUGCUUAGCAAUUGGAUUUAAUACAUUGUAUACAUUGCCUAUCGCUUUUAGAUACUUUGGUAUUGAAAGACCUACAUUUUACACAGAAAUUUAGUGUUAAGAUUUUUUUUAAAGUAUAGUUAAUUCUAUUUAAAAAAGUACAGUGAAAUUCGGCUUUUUAAUUACAUUGUAGGAAAACAAAAGUCAGGUCACAGAGAACCCUUUGCGAUGAAACAUAACAAAUGUAAGAUCAAUUCUGUUUGUCUUAGGCUCCUCCCGUAGAGUGUCUAUAUUGUGGAAAAGUUAAGGAAUCUCAAGAGUAACUAAGAAAAGUUCGAAAGUUUGAUAAGAUAUGUGAAAAGUUAUCAAAAAUUUCUAAAUUUAACUUAAGAAAAAGAAUAUAGAUAUAAAAUUUUGUAAGGCUAGAUAUUUUUGAUUUUUGGAAAGAUAACCAGCAUGACAGCAUUCAUUAGCUUGGAUGUUGUAGCAGCCUUAAUUAUCAACUUUUGAAGUAUAAAAGGAAAAAAAGUUUAAUUUUACUAAUUUGCUUCAAGUUAUAAUAUAACCUCGCAACGAAGAAUGAGCCAUAGCAGACGUAAAAAAGUUGUAUGUGCACGAAUAACCGAUCGACGCUAAAGGAAAAUACGUUAUUACCUACUCAUUCCGAAUGAAAAACAGAAAAAUAUGGAAAAUAACUUAAUCGUGUUAAAAUGUCCAAUUAAACAAAAUAUCACGGUCAAUUACAUGAAAUUCGGGAGGAGUUCGAUAAUUUAUUAAAUUUGAACAUCUAUGAACUUUAGUUUUAGAGCUUAUAAAAUAUGUUGAAACAUAAAUUUCACGAUAUUGCACGGGAGAACAAACGAGUCAAAAGAUUGUAAGCGAUUUGUCAUAGACGAAUUCCACUGUACAAACAGGAUUUUUUAAUAAAAUGAAAAAUAAAUAAAUUAUCACUCAUUAAAAUAGAAUCUAUACCAUAAUAAUAUGUUCGAAAGUUCUAAUUUUUUAGAUUCACGCAUAAGUAGAUAUAAAAAAAGAGCUUCACAAUGUUCAAGGUCAGUUUGACUUUCGAUUAACAGCAAACCGAAUUAAGUAAACAUUGUUUCAAAUUUAAAAUAAAAAAAUUAAGAAUCAACGUCUUCCGAUACAAAAACAUCAUUUGAUUCUACUUCUCAAAUUGUUGUACUUCCAUCAAAAAUCAUGGUUUGUACUUGAUUUCGUAUUUAUAAAUAAAAUAUUCACGUUAUGAAGUUAUCACUUUAAAAUUGAAUAUUAAUCGGUUCUGUUGGUUAAAACCAUUCUACGAUAAGCAUUUUUCGUAACUUGUGAUAACCAAUUUACAGUAAAAUUUAAUCCAUUUACAGUAUUGAUUUAAAUUAAAAUCGAACUUCUUUAAAGUCGAAUUAUAAUGAAAGUAAAAAAUGCUUCAAGAAAUUUCACCUUAUGUUAAAGAAAGAACUCGAAAAGAAUUCGAAUAAUAGAGGGUAGUCUUUUAUGAAGACAUAUUUAUCUUACAUUUUCACAUUUAGACUGCUGUUAAGUACAUAUUGUCGUAAAAUGGAGGAAGAAGAAUUUGCAAUUGUUAAUCUUUAAGAGGCUUCUGGAUACAAAAUUUUAAGAAUUCUUAUUUAAUAAUUUUUGUAAUACAAAGUUUUAAGGUUCAAAUAUUAGAAGCAGUAUUUUUAUUUGUAUUCGAAUUGUUAAACUUUUAAAGUCCACGUAAUGGAAAAACGUAGAAGUUUUUUCGACUUAAAGUUCGAUUUACGGUAGACAAGUUUGUCAGUUUAAUAUUAAAAAUAAUAUUUCGUCACAAAUUGCGCUAGCACAUAUGAAACAUUUUAUUUAACUAUAGAUAAUUAAAAUUUUAUAUAAUAACUGAAUAUAGUAAUAUCUUGACAUUGACGGGUCAUAGGGGCAUCCAUUGCAGAUUCUUAACAAAAUCGUAAGAUACAAUGAGACAGCCGAUCGUAUCAAACUGUCUUUGAUAACAAUUGAGUUUAAUUUAUAGUUUUUUUUUUUAUAAUGGAACACAGGAUUUUAUGCCCGUAGAAAUUAGCUAAAUAAUUCCAAAAAGAAUCUACUUUAAGGCUGUUUAGAUUUCAAUGACAGUAAUUUUUGCAAAGAGGAGAUUGAUAGCGAUCAACUUUUGGCUUUAAGAAGGCUCCUUUUUCCUUCUUUCGUGACUGCUAGGCUAUCCUUAAGAUAAAAAAUAUUAGAUUAGUGAAAGAAAUAUGAUAGAUUAUGUAGUAUUGACUAGUAAAGAUAACUAAGGUUGGUCUCAGUCGAGGUAUUACUGUAGUAAAUUUUAACGUAGUAUUAUUAUCAUUAACAUCACUAAUAACAAUUGGUUACUAUGCUAAAAGUACAAAUGUUCGGAAAAAAAUUAGCAAAAUUCUCAAAUUAUAAUUUUUGUUGACUAAGGAAAAUUAUAAAAUCCUUAUAGUAAUAAAAGCUAGCGUAUGUUUUUUUGACUAAUUUGCAAGAAGUCCAAAAUUUGUGUGCGCGUAUACAUUAGUAGUCUAACAACACUGAGCAAAAGUAGGUAAUAUUCAGAGAGCUGCUUUUUUAGAGCUAUGGCACUGGAAAACUUUUAAUUGCCUUGCUAGAUUAUAAUUGAAUGUCUACUUUUUUUUCUUAUUCUAAUAAAAUAAUCGACUCUUCGGCACUUUAAAAAUUUUAAAUAUCUAUUCUUGGACAACGGCGGUGCCCCUUUUUUAAGUGUCGGGCACAGGUGGAUAGAGUCAGAGAGUGGAUUGUCAAGAAGAAACACACAUAUGCAUCAAUUUUAAACUGGUAUGACAAUUUAAAAUCAUGCCAUGUUCACUUAAAAAGAACAGUUAUUUCAAUAUCGUGCUUGCUUCGAGUUUUGAUCAUCUAAGAAAAUUAAGUAAACACAAACUUUUGACUUAUUACAAUUUUGUAAGUCCAAAAAAAUAAGCUACCUCUUAUUGUUAUAUCAAAAUUAUGAAGUUAUGUAUUAUCUAAAUGCCAUAUCUUUUAUUAAUUUAAUGUGGAGCGAUUUGUUAAGAAACAAAAGCUAUAAAUAAAAGUUUUAAUAAGUUAU